AACAGCAAAAAUGUCUCAGUUGUCAGCUGAAGAUGAGGCAGAGUUACAGUCACUUCUCAAGCAGCUUCUGAGGAGCAUCAGUGACAAGAUUUCUGGCGCACCAUCUACUGAAUGCGCUGAAGAGCUUCUCCUUCACCUGGAGGAGACGGACAGAAACUUCCACAAUUAUGAGUUUGUCAAGUACCUCCGUCAGUAUGUGGAGAACUCUAUGGGGACUGUGGUGGAUGAGGAGAUAAAGAACCUGACCAGAGUAGAGGGACAACAUGCAGUUGGAGCGGGACACGACACGCUGAUUCAUACAGUGACUCGAAGAACCAGAGACUCUGCUGAGUAUCAGCAGAUGAUGCAGACUUUGAAAAACACCAUGAUUGUGGUUGUAGAGUCUCUAAUCAACAAAUUCGAAGAGGACCAGCUGAGGAAGGAGGAGCUGCACAGAGAGAUGGAACCGAGUCAGUCCAACAGCCAGUUCAUUGAUAACUGCUCAGACAGUGACUCGUCCUUCAACCAGAGUUAUGCCUUCAUCAGACAAGAGCAGCUGCAAGUUUUGGCAGAAAAACUUGACCCCACCAAGCCCAAAGAGGUGCGUUGUGAUGCUCUGCGUGCUCUGUGCUGUGCUCCUCCAUCUGAUGUGUUGAGCUGUGAGAGCUGGAGCGUCCUGCGUAAGAACCUCUGCGCUGCUCUUACUGAACCCGACCUCAGCGAGAAUGUGAUGCAGUUUUUUGCUAAAAGCUUCUCUUCAUCUCCACUGAAUGUGACGCGAGAGAUCUACACAAACUUAGCAAAGAGUGUGGAAGCAAGUUUUCUGACUCACAAGCUAAGCUUUCCAAGUGUCUCAGCUGCUGUUAACAUCAACAGUCCUGAGAUCAGUCGACUUCUCAAACAGGUUCGAUUAUUAAAUGACUUUCAAAAGGAGGUGACUAACUUCUGGAUUCGUCAUCCAGAGAAAUACAUGGAAGAAAUCAUAGAGAGCACAUUCUCCCUGUUGUCCUUCCAUCAUGACCGUGGCUUAACGGAAACAGAGAAAAUACUGGAACCAGUCCACUUACUGGCUUUACUGGACGUUAAAGCUACAUGGUUUAUUAAAUGGAUGCAUGGCUACUACAGCAGGACUGUGGUUCUCAGGCUUCUUGAGAGAAAAUACAAGUCUUUGGUGCUGGGGGCUCUUCAGCAGUGCAUGCAUUACAGCGACUCCUGUGAGCGUUUCACAAGUGAAGCAGCUGAUCAUCGUUCAGAGCAGCAACGCAAUCCUGGUUCGUUGCAGAGUGUUUACUCCAGGCAGGAGCUUGAAUAUGCGUUCUUCGUUCACUCUUUGUGUCUCCUGGGCAAACUCAUCGUCUACACCAACGGACGGAAGCUCUUUCCCAUCAAACUGAGGAAGCACAAAGAUCCAAUUAGCCUGACGGACCUGAUUGUCAUCAUGAUUGACAUCAUGUAUCGACACCCCCGGCCGCUGCACAGCGAUGUCUGUCACACAGAUUCCCUGUCGCCCAGCUGCUUGGUGAUGGAGGUGCUGUGGACGCUGUGUGAACGGACAGAAUGCGCUGCAGAAUGUCUUCACCAGACUCGAAUUGUUGAGACACUUCUGGCACCUGUUAUAGCUCUGCUCACUGGACGGCAGGCUAAACUGAAAAGUCCUGCGUCCACGCUUACCCUCAUUGCUGAUGUUCUGGCUCGCAUCGCAAACACUGACCAAGGAUUAACUCUUUUUCUAUAUGAGAAGACUCUUGUUGUCGCCCACAAUGAGAGAACCUUUGCUGCUCACAUCAUCGUACAGUUCACCUUGAAGCUGUUGGAUAAAACGUUGCCAUCACUGAGUGAAUCUGAUGUGACUCCUGCAUUAUGUGGAGCCUUCAUCUUUGUCUGUAGGCAGAUGUACAACACCUGCGAGGGGCUGCAGGUCCUGAGAACAUAUGGCCUGCACAAAGCCUUGGCUGCUGCAUGGAGAAAGACUAGCUCAUUAGCAGAAAGGAUUUCAACUCCUGUACUCGGAGCCAUCGCUGCAACAUCCGCUGGAGAAAUGCAGAACACACUCGUCUGGGAGGAGACUUUGUUGGACAGUCUGCUGAACUUUGCAGUCACUCCUAAAGGCCUGCUGCUGCUCCAGCAGACAGGAGCCAUAAAUGAAUGCAUCUCCUACAUGUUCUCUCGCUUCACCAAAAAACUACAGGUGAGCCGCUGUGAGAAGUUUGGGUACGGAGUGAUGGUGACACAGGUAGCUGCAACGGCUCCAGGGGUUGUAGCUCUGCAAAGUUCAGGUUUUGUCCGGGCGCUGGUAGUAGAACUGUGGUCGGCUCUCGAAUGCGGCAGCGACGAUGUCAAAGUUGUUCGUCCCAGACCCGCACCCAUGGACCACACAGGCAGGAUCUGCCACAAGUCCUUCCUGUCCUUGGUCAACCUCCUGUCGUCCUCCCAGUCCGUGUGGGAGCUUCUGGGACGACGGUCUUUAGCCAACAAGAGUGAAUACACCCUAAGAGAAAUGCCAACUUCCAUACCUGAUUUGAUUGACAGGCUGAUUGCUGUGAAUUCAGAUGUGAAGAUCCAUUCCCUGUUCCACUAUGAGCAGUCUCACACAUUCGGCCUGAGACUUCUCGGUGUGCUCUGCUGCUGUCUGGACUCCUUCCUGCUGCUGGAGAGCCAGUAUAACAUCUGCUCCAUGCUGCUGCAGAGCCAGAGGGAGAACGUGCCUGACCCAGACACCACGGACGGGGCGAUCAUCAUCGACAGUUUGUCAGUCGAGAGGAAUCACGUGUUGGUUCGAGUUAAUGUGGUUGGAGGUCCGUCUGAGAGGAGGCUUCCUGCACGACGCCUGCAGGAGGGAGAGCAUCCUUACCCCUGGCCCAUGUUUUUAUGCUUUCCUCCACCUCCCUGCUACAUUUUGAACCCACAGGACUCGCACAAUAACUCACAAGAUUGUGAGAUCAGCUCAUUUCUAGCUUCUUCAAAAGAACCAGUGAGUGAGGAGAGUUGGUUGGAGAACUGCAGAAGACAUUACUGCAAAGCCAUGGCGUCAAAACCCAACACUCUAACUGGAAAGGUGCUGUCUGACCUUCUGGAGAACGUUGUGGCUCAUCUAUCCAGCUCUGCCUCAGAAGGCUUCUUCUCUCCGGCUCCAUACAAAGCGGAGGAGAAGAACGUGAAGAAUGCUGUACUAUCGACUGUGGAACAGCUGGGAAUUGACUCCUGUAUCAGGUAUGGCUGCUACCUCAAGCUACUGACAGAAGAUGCUAUGAAUGAUCUGGUGCUGCUAAUGAAGCACACAAAGACCUUCCUGUCCACACAGAGAAUUACCACCACAUCAACACUCAUCAGUCAACAGGACGGUUAUCUGGGCCACGACUGGCUGACCUCCACUGUCUUCCUCGUCAUGGCUGGAAACACGGACCGGUCCCUGAAUCUCUUACUGAACCUCUCCUCUCUGCUUACGUCUGCGUUCAUCUGGCCUGCAAGGAUUCACGCAUCUGUCCAUUUCCCUCAGGAAGUUGCUGAAUCUGGGAUCUCUCCGGUUUACUGGUGCACAGCUCACUAUGUGGAGAUGCUGCUGAAGGCUGAAGUCCCUCUGGUCCAUUCAGCCUUCAGGAUGUCUGGGUUCACCCCCUCACAGAUGUGCUUCCACUGGCUGACUCAGUGUUUCUGGAACUAUCUGGACUGGACAGAAAUCUGCCAGUACAUCUGUACCUGUGUGGUGAUGGGUCCGGAUUACCAGGUUUACCUGUGCGUGGCCAUAUUCAGACACCUGCAGCCAGAAAUCCUGCAGCGGACCCAGUCCCAGGAGCUGCAGGUCUUCCUCAAGGAGGAGCCGAUUCAGGGCUUCAAGUUCAGCAAGUAUCUGGACUUUAUGCAUGAACUGGAGCGCAGCUACAGGAGCAUUGUUCUGGCUGACAUGAGAAAUAUUAAAAAGCCUGUCCAUUAA